CCUCCUAAGCGCCUCUACCUGUACAUAUCUGAGCUCCUUCGCCUCAUCAUCCUGGCUGUGAGAGGUGAUGUCGAGGCAUCCAGGGUCUCUGCAUACCCAAUCGCCUUUGGCGGGAAGGGCGAUGCUGCAGCCGCAAUACCAAGGCCAGUAUGCAUCGCAUUCUCAGUCCCACUCGGCAGCUCGCUCUCCGAACCUCGCCCCGCGGACCAGACCUUCUCAUCAUGCCGGCGGAAGCUCGCUCAGGCACACAACAAUAGACGGAGAGGAACACCAGUACCUGAAUCCUCCAUCGCCGCAUUCUCGUCUCCUCCUGGCGCUCCUUUCGCCCAUCAAGGAAGAAAUCACGUGGGCGCUCUCGAGACUGAUACAGGGAUCAGCAUUAUACCCGGAGCACUUUGUCCUUUCAGAAUGGUGUGGGCUCGCUCAUCGCCUACUAAGCUUCGUCCGGAGAUUCAACAGAGCCGCAAGAGGCGAGACCGACUGGGAAUGGGCUAAUGAGGAGGAUCCCAUAAGCUUUCCGGACGAUGAUCUCAGUGACUCUGAGGAUGAGGAAGUCUCAGGUGGGAGCUCUUCUCGCUCCAUCAAGAAGCCUGCCCCACCCUUUGAUCCGAGACACAACGAAGAGCAUUACUUCAUCCUGAACGCUGCUGUCUCUGCAUCUCUUAUACUUCGUAACGCAUCGCAAGACAAAGCGAAUGCGGAAUUCUUGACAAGAGACAACGGCAACCUUCCACAGACAAUCUUCGACGUGCUAUCACUUCCGGAAGACCUCUUUGGCUUUGAAACGCUCCUUGAAGGGGAAGGUCAUCACUCAAUUGAAGAGGAAGAAUUGAGACUGGAAGGCGCAAGGGAAAUUCGUCUCUACUGGAUGGAGAUCCUACGAAACAUCGCUCCUCGCAUCUAUCUCUACGAGAGGACUGACGUAGUCCGUCUUCAGGACGGAUCAGUGAGGCGAACAACCCCACAAGCAUCUUCCACCACUGUAGUAGGCGAUCGAAGCCUCGUAGUACGAACCCCUGGCGUCAUGUCCGCACACUAUACCGAUCGUAUCUUCACACAUACCCUUCUUCUGUUCUACACAACUGGUGAUCGGGCGCUGCUGCUUGCCGUUACACGCUUUCUUGCACAGCUCCUGAGCAACGCAAGGGCUAAAGGAGACAUCUUCAUCGAGCGGACAGUCACGCUUGAGAGUCAGAUUGGCUGGAGCCCAGGCAUCAUUGGAAGAUGCAAGGAGCUCGUCCUCCUUCAUUCCCUCGACGCUGAACUGGCUGAGGCAGCCAUCGACUGUCUCGAUGCCAGUAUCGAUGUUGCCAUUGAAGAGACCGAGCCGCCAGGCCCGACCGGCCAGACUGGUCCAGAAGAGGCUCAUCCGGAAUCGGUUCGCCACGUCUUCCCAAAUGCGCUAAAGGUGUUGACUACAGGAGCCGGCCUCGGACACACGUCGCUCUCUUUGAAGCAGCCCAUUCUCAUACUCAUUGCGCAACUAUUGGCCGUCAAUGCCUCUUCAUGGGAAAGAGUCGAGGCUUUGUUGCUGCACGGCUACUUGCAUCCGCUACACCUCAUUCCUUCAAGACGGAUACACCGAGAGCGCUUGCUGGAGCAUGACCCAGAUGCUGCAGAAAAGGCCCGGAGCUAUCACGCUCUGCGCAGCAUCAAGUCUGAGAGCGGCCUGGUACACUACACGACUCCCACUGAGAAGCGCUGGCUCAAGCAGCUGGAAGAGCCCCAAAGGUUGAAGACAUGGCUGCAGCUUGUUGCUCGACCGGCUGGUGGACCUGGCACCGAAGACAGGAAUCCAUUCUACAUCACGCAGAUGCAAAUCUGGACGUCUUACCGCGACAGCUUUGCUCCUCUGAUCGACGCAAGCCAACGAGCUGCUGCACGUGAUCCCACAACACCUGCAUUGCCGCCUCUGGUCCCCGCUUACGAUGUCAUUUCCAAGAUUGGAGAGGUCUUCCCAACCACGGCUGCUGUCCUCGUGCCAGAGGAGGACGUCAGGCUAGGGGGCACCAAGUUUGUCAUCAGAGGGCUGGAGGGAUUUCUUCGUCCAGAAGUAACGGCCUUCAAGUGUCGUUGGAGGGGGUGCCCUCAGUAUCAGACUGCGACGAGAGAUGCACAAGCCGCUCACGCACGCGCUCAUGCUAAGCUGGCCUCAAGUGCUGUCAAGUGCCGAUGGGCCUCCUGCACCUACAUCGUCUCGGCUCCUCCAUCAGCGACCGACGCAGAGAAACGGGAGAUGCUGGCUGCUCACACCAUGACGCACCUGACAACGCUCAAGGACGAGCCGAAACCAGUCGCGCCGGCUACUUUUGCCGGCUCAUCAGCGGCUCCUUCGGCCCCUCAAGUGAACGGCAAGCCUGAUAGUUCUCAAUCCUCGCUCAACCUUUCUGCUCCUGCGGGCAGAGCGAUGCCUCUGCAAUCCACGAAGCCUUCGUCUGAAGUACCAAGUCAGGUGAACCCGCAUGCCGUCUCCGCACCCCAUCCCUCACGCUUCACCGUCGAUCGACCAUCGUCGAUGCGCUUCCACGUCUACCGCACCCCCUUUAACCUGAAGACCGGUGUUCCAGAAGGUCCGGCUGCCUCAGCUGCCCGCAUGCUGCAACGAAUAGCUCACAUGUGCCACUUGGUCCUCGGGAGCGGCUUGCUAGGCCGUGGAUCGGAGGUCAAUGGUGCCGCACAAGAAGAAGACGACUUCGACAAGGACGAGAAGAAGGUCAAGCUGGAUUUCUCUGAUCGUCUGAAGGAUACCGACAAAUUUGGGAUGCCAUUUGCUUUGCCGGUCAACUUUGCCAGCGUGGUAGAUAGGUCUGUGCCAGAGGCAGCGGAGGACGGUACAGAAGACUCAGCUCUGAAAGAGGACGAUGAUGCGAGGGAACAGAUGAGCGCUGCGGAGGCAGAGAAGGCACAGCGGCGGCUCGAGGCGUUGCAGAGCUUGCAAAGCCUCGAGGCCGUGGAAGAUGAAAUGGUCAAAUGGGCGGGUCAAAACGAUAUCCUGUCUGGGCAGCUGCUCGAGGCACUUGAUGACAUGGCAUCGAUUAGAGCCAAGGAGCCAGGGUCCAAGCGUAAGAGGUCUUAGUCAGGCGGAUGUGACGGCCGAGAGCGGUGUGCAGGUCUUUGUUGUAGG